AUAGCUUACAUUACUCACAGCAAACAUCGAUCACACCUAACUUUCUACAUACAGCCUCGAACAACCUCACUUGCAACGAUUUAUUCUACUAAAUCUAGUGUUGUUUCAUAAUACUUUUAUAAAACAUCAAUUGCUAGAAGUUCCAGAAAUGGCUUUGGUUACAGCACUGGUGAAUGAAAGGCCUGUGGUCAUAUUCAGCAAAAGCUCUUGCUGCAUGUGCUACACCAUUAGGACACUGAUAAGCAGUUUUGGGGCAAAUCCUACAGUUUAUGAGGUAGAUGAGCAUCCACAAGGGAAGCAGAUAGAGAAGGAACUGAAAGGAUUAGGGUGCAAGCCAAGUGUGCCGGCUGUUUUCAUAGGAGAGGAGCUCAUUGGUGGUGCCAAUGAAAUAAUGAGCCUUCAUCUCAAGGGUCAGCUGGUACCCUUGCUCCUUAAUGCUAAUGCUAUAUGGCUUUAGUCAAAGAUAUUCACAAAUAUCGAGUUCCUACAAUAUUAAUUGUAAAGGUUGGAGCUAUUUUGACACACACAACUAUGAACAGCAGAUUGAUGCAUUCUAGUCAUUAGAACAGGAACAGAAAGAAAUAUUUUUAGCCUUCUUUUUGCUCUUCUGAGGCCAAUCAUAACUAAUGUGCUAACUUCCAUAUGUAAUUUCACUACCUUUUGAGAAACAAUAAGAAACAAAAUAUUUUUUCAGGAGCUA